UGGGUUACAGUCAGUGUAGGGAAAGAAGGAAGAGUUUGAAAUGAAUAUAGUUCGGAGGUAGCGAAGUGACAGGAGCAUGGCGGCCGGGGCUCGGAGUUUUCUGCGGAGCUGGGUACAGCGCCUCCACACCCCGCUCACCCGGAGCUACUCCAGGGCUGCACAGGGCGAGAUCCCGGUGAAGCUGACCAUGUUGGGGAAAGGUCUUGUCGUGUCGUCUCUCUCGUUCCUGGCCAUUGGAUCGUACCGAUGGAAGUGCAAGCAUGCCGUUGUACACGCCAGCAUUAAAGUUGAAGACAUAAAGGAGCAAGCAGAUUAUCUCUAUAACAGCGGAGAAACUGAGAAGCUUCAUGAACUUCUGAGCCAGUUCAAAAACGGUGAAGAUCCUGAACUUCUAUGGAGACUUGCCCGGGCCUCUCGAGAUCUGGCUCAGCUCAGCAAAACUGCCCCUGAUGUAAAAAAACGUCUGGUGUAUGAAUCCCGAGACUUGGCUAAGAAAGCAUUGGAACUGAACGAGUCCUGCUCACCAGCUCACAAAUGGUAUGGCAUAUGCCUCAGUGAUGUGGGGGAUUACGAAGGCAUAAAAGUGAAAAUUGGAAAUUCGCACAUUAUAAGGGACCACUUUCAGAGGGCCAUUGAGCUUAACCCAAAAGAUGCCACAACCAUUCAUCUCAUGGGACUUUGGUGCUACGGUUUUGCUGAAUUGCCCUGGUAUCAGACUAAAAUUGCUGCAGCACUGUUUGCAUCUCCACCAUCUUCAACAUUUGAAGAGGCCUUGGCAUACUUUGAAAAGGCUGAAAAAGUUGAUCCAAACUUCUACAGCAAGAACCUUCUGUACCUGGGCAAGACUUUCUUACAGCUGAAGAAUAAGGAACUUGCUUUACAUUGGCUGCGUAAAGCUAGAGAUUAUCUUGUAAGAACAGAAGAAGACAAAGAGGCCCACAAAGAUGCCACUGAUCUUCUGAAGACUUUAGGAGAAAAAGUCUGAAAUCGGAUGUAACCUAACUAGGAUAAUUCCACUUUAUGGAUGGAAACCAACUUCUGGGAGUCACAUUGCCAUGGCACAAAAUGGGUGCUGUAAUGUACUCUGAGCAGAGUAUUCUCUGUUCAUUACUGUUGCCAGGCAGGCAUAAGCGAGAGAGACCCUGCCUGUAGGCAGUUUUUUAAUUAACUUAAUUUUUUUUUUUUUUUUGUUAAGGGGAAGUGGCCAAUAACAGUCUUAGGAUCUGGUUCCACAUUAGAUCCGUUCAGGCUCUGGUCAGCCAGGGAGCCUUCCAUUAUGAUUAUGUAUGCAGUUCAUGUCUGCAUAUAGGAAAUAUACUACUGUGUGUUAUAAUGAUAUAUUUAAAGGUGUAUUUAAAGGUGUAUUUGCAAUUUUACAUUGAGGAACAUUUGUCUGACUUUUUGUUUUUAGAUGCAGAUUUACUCCCGAGACCCUCUGUCUCUCUAAGAUGCCCUUUUUAUACCCAAUUGUUUUACUGACCAGUUGUCAGUGCACCUAAUUGGUUGCAUUUGAUGUUUUCAUGAGAUUUGCAAAUCGUUGCAUUUGGUUUUUAUGCAGCUUUUACACCACGUCCCAACUUUUUUUUUUUUUGAGGUCGUAGAGACUUUUUCAGAGGCCAGUACCUCUUUGGAACCUGCAUAUCUCCUAGUCUGACUUGUUAAAUGUUCACUUGAUAGUUGUUGAUGGAUGAGCCAUCACUGUUUCACUAUGUAGCAAUACAUGGUUCUCUUUGCCUUUAACCUUUUUGCUUUCUUAAUUGUAUAGCUAGCAAUUAAAAUUUUAUUUGCAAUAUUAAA